AUGCGCGCUCCCGAGAUUGCGUCAACAUUGCGAAAAGGAGAAGGCGGAGCGGCGCGGCACUCGCUCCUCGCCGGGGGACGGGCCGCGGGGACGGGGACGGGGCGGGGGGGGGACGGGGUGGGAGGACGGCGAAGGGCCCGGCGCACACGCGCGACCUCGGGCACCCGCCGGCCCCCCCCGGGCCGCGCCCCGCCGCCGCUCCGUGUGCCGGGGCGGGCGGGCGGCACAGCGCGGCUCUUCUCGGUGCGGUGCGGCGCGGCGCGGCUCGGCGCCGCCCCGCAGUCUGCAGCGGGAGGCGGUGCGCGGAGAGAAACCUGUUGCGGCCUCGGGGAGGCCGGAGCCGGGGAGGCCGAGCGGCCCGUGCCCCUUCGCAGGUGCAGCCGGCCGGCAGCGCGCUGCUCUCCGGUCCCGGAGGGCGGGGAGAGGACGGGAGAACGGAGGGGAGCGCGGAGCCGCCCGGGCCGGUUCGCUCUAAGCCUUCCACCGAGAAACGCGAGUGCGCUUUGCUGGCCGCGGGCCAAUGUUUCUAAAGUGAAUGUAAACAAAGAAAACUGCAAACACGAGAGGAGGGCCUUCCACCGCGGCCGGGGAGAGGGAACGCUCUCCCGAGCGGUGCCGGCCUCCGUUCCUCGCCUCUCACCGGCCCGACCCGGCCCGGCCCCACGGGACCCGGCGCUCCACGGGCGCGGGGCCGCAGGCCGACGUGCCCCGGGCGGGCGGAGGCUUCGGUCCGCUCCCGACCUCGGGGCGCUGCCCUCCCCGCCGACAGCGGGGCGAGGCCGAGCGGGCUCGGGGCCGGGCGGCGCGGGAGCUGGGAUUCCCCCCGGAGCCGCCCGCGUGAGACGUGCGGAUUUCAUCGCGCUUCGGGGUUUUCGGGCGAAGGGACCCCGCGGAACGCGCUCGGCCCGCGGCGAUGGGGCAGCGGGGCGCGGUACCGCUCCCGGACGGCUCCGGAGGAAUGAAAUGAAAGCGGCUUUCCGUGGCUCCUGGCUCGGGCUGCGCCCUCCGGAUCCCUGUCUCUCCUCGUCCUUACGGCGAGAAAUAAAACGAACGAACGUCUCCCCGUUCGAAGGCGGACAGCGCGCGGUGUCACCGAAAAGACGGAGCGUUUUUUUGUGUGCGGGAAGUCAAAACCGCCGCCCGAAAUGGGUUCCUCGAGCUGCCCCGGGGCCGGACGCGGCCGAUGGGAGAGGCCAGGACCGGAGAUCCUGCGGGGAGAGCUCGGGGCCGGGCGGAGGGCGGGCGGGCAGCGCGCAGUCCUCCAAGUGUUGGGGGAAAGGGAGCGGGAGGCACCGGGAACGCGUUCAGUGGGGUCGGUUUUAGUGAGAAGAAGGGUGCUGCAGCGAGCGGGGGGCGAGCCGUGAGGGGAAGGGCUCAGCGAGGUGUAGGGUGCCUUUUUUUCUCUCUCUUUUUUUUUUCCUUCUUUUCCUUUUUUAUUUCCUUUUCUUUCUUUCUUUCUUUCUUUCUUUCUUUCUUUCUUUCUUUCUUUCUUUCUUUCUUUCUUUCUUUCUUUCUUUCUUUCUUUCUUUCUUUCUUUCUUUCUUUCUUUCUUUCUCUCUUUCUUUCUUUCUCUCUCUCUUUCUCUCUUUCUCUCUCUCUUUCUUUCUUCCUUUCUUCCUUUCUUCCUUUCUUUCUUCCUUUCUUCCUUUCUUCCUUUCUUUCCUUUCUUUCCUUCCUUCCCUCCUUCCCUCCUUCCCUCCUCCUUUCUUUCCUUCUUUCCUUCUUUCUUCUUUUCUUUUCUCUCUCUCUCUCUCCCCCUUUCUCUUUCUUUCUAUCUUCUUUCUUUUUUCUUUUUCUUCCCUCUUUCUUUCUCUCUUCCCUCCUCCCUCCCCCGCCCCCCCCUCUCCCCCCUCCGACGUUUUCAGAGCCGCACGCCUCUUCCCGAAGGCGCACCGACCGCUCCCUACCCACUGGAUGCCUCAAAGGCAAAAGUCACCACGGGCCGCGGGCUGCUUUCCUCUGGGACAGAUCAAGGAGCUGAUCGCCGCCCCCCCCCCCCCCCUUCCCCGACCUCACUGUUCCGCCCGCUACGUGACACAGAAGCGGCAGCGGUCGCACAGCGGGGCUGCCACCCUCGGGCCUCACGGUCGGCCCCGGCGUGGUACAGCGGGCGCAGGGCUGGGCACCUCGGGGCAGCUCCCGGCCGCUGAGCUUUCCUUUACAUCCACGCUGACGAAAAGGCUGAAAUGACCUCAAGGACUCCGCCUUUUAGGAAGAAGCCUUCAGCCUCCGUCGCUCCUCUGCCUCCCGCUCGCUCCCCGUGCCCAUGGGAUGGGGGGGGGGGGUGGGGGUGGGGAGCUUUCACUUCUCGUCCUCUCUAUGCAAACUUUUCGGACGGCGUCGGGACGCGCCGGUGGGGAUGGAGAGAUCGAAUCCCAUUUCCUUCCCCCUUUUUAUAAAACAAAACCUUUCCCAUCCCUCUCUCUGAUGCUGGGCACCAACAGCUUCCCUCAGCCGGGACUUCCCAGCUCCUCCUGAAGCGGAGGGGGCUCUGGGGGCGAGGAACCGCCGGCGGUGGUUGUGAGCAUUUGGGACUGAUGCUCCGCGGUCCCUCCGCGGUCCCAACGCCGUUUUCCAGGAGCGCACUUGGCGGCUGAGCUCGGGGACCGCGAAACGGAGAGGAGCGUCAACGCCUGGACGGUUUUCAAAGUGCUUUAAAAAUCAUAUAUUAAAUAAAUAAAUAAAUAAAUAAAAAAAAAUCUCCCUUUGAUGUGAUGGAAAAAAUCGCGGUGUAACGUCGGGCAACGCAGGGAUGCGCGGGGGGGAAUAGGAAGAGAAGA